AUGCAUAGACUUCUCAUAUCGUACAAUAUUUUUGGAGAUAAUUCUGUAAGUCGUAAUGUUAGCCUAGACACUAACCAUGAUCAUCUUCUUGGCCUUUUUCACAAAUAUUUCCAUCCUGUGAAUAAUAUCCAAACCGGGGUUCCUACAAUCCCAAAAAGGCACUCGGCCAUGGAACUGGAUAGGGCAGGGGUGAACUUUAUGCCUAAUCAAGAUGAUAAUUGGGCAAUGGCCAUGAAACUCGAAUUAUUACCAAGGUUUUCAUGCUUCCCAUGGUUUUGGAAUAAGCCUACUCUGAAGAUGCCACGACUGCUUGUUGAUGAUCGCACUGAACUGUUUUUAAGGAACCUUAUUAUAUACGAGCAGUCUUCUCUAGUUCCUAAGUUUGUUACAACAUAUGCAUGGGCUAUGGGUAUGCUUAUAGAAACUCCACAGGAUGUUGCCAAGUUGGUAAAAUCAGGGGUCCUAGUUACAGUAAGCUCGGACCAGAACGCACGAAAUUUAAUAUACAACAUAUGCAAAGAAGUUGUGUAUGAGAAUUUCUUUUACCAUCAAGAGUGGGACGAAUUGGAUAACUACUACAAUAGUUACUGGCCGAAUGCUGUUGCAGGAUUGAAGCGCACAUAUUUCAGUAGUCCAUGGAAUAUGAUUGCUCUAUUUGCUGGAAUCACUUUGUUUGUUCUUACCGUGGUUCAGACUAUCUUUACAGUCAUGGGGGAAAAUCCCAUAAUUGUAGUUAAACAUUAG